AUGGCGUGUUUAGGGUCGAGUCGGCUCUGUGCUCGUGCGGAAAAACUGUGUCAGUUCGGAAAUCUAUCUCAGAUAAGGAAGAAACUUUCUACAACUUUUAUUAAAUCACAAACGGAAAUCGAGCACAUUUUAAGUCCUAAAGUACAACAAUGCCAAAACAGAACUACAACAAGUGGAGGAUUAUGCAGGAUAGGCAUCGCGAGAUCGAUGAGUUCAAUGCAAACUAUUCAGCCUGGAUCCUUGCCCGAUUAUCAAAUCGACCCUUAUCGUCUAGUUGAAGAUGACAUUAAACUUGUCUAUCAUCAAAUAAGAUCGAUCCUUGACAGAUAUUCGAUGCAGGACGAAUUAAAAAAGAUAGCAAAGUAUUAUUUUUGUGGAAAGGGAAAAGCGAUAAGACCAACGUGCAUAAUCCUUAUGUCACGUGCUUUAAAUUAUCAUAAGGACGAAACGACCACUUUAACGAACCUUCAACAAAGUCUUGCGAUGUACGUAGAAAUGAUCCACAAUGCAUCGUUGCUUCACGAUGACAUGAUCGAUUUAGCUGAUGUUCGUCGAGGGGCACCAUCGGCAAAUGUUCUUUGGAAUCAACAACAGGUGGCAUUUGCUGGGAAUUACAUUCUCGUGGUUGCUACUAUGUUACUUGCUCGUCAUCAACACAAUGAAAUAACUAUUACACUUGCUGAUAUUAUAUCAGACCUGGUACAAGGUGAAAUGAUGCAACUUGGUUCAAAGGAGACAGAAAAUGAAAGAUUUGCUCACUACCUCAAUAAAACGUUUCGAAAGACGGCCAGUUUGAUAGCUAACUCUCUUAAAGCGACGGCAAUAGCAACUGAGAUGAACGAAGAAAUAGUAGAACUGGCUUAUCAGUAUGGCCGAAAUAUUGGAAUUGCCUUUCAAUUAGUAGAUGAUUUUCUAGAUUUUGUUGCAUCCUCUGCAAUGAUGGGCAAAAAAACGGCAGUCGAUUUGAAACUCGGCUUGGCUACUGCUCCAGUUCUUUUCGCUUGUGAAAAGUAUCCAGAACUCAAUGCAAUGAUCAUGCGUCGAUUCCAAGAACCAAAUGACGUUGAGAAAGCGUACGAAUUGGUACACAAGUCGCACGGUCUUGAACAAACGAAAUUUUUAGCAAGAAAACACUGUGCCGAAGCUGUCAGAUUGAUUCAAUCGUUAGCCGAAAGCCCUUACCAAAAAGCUUUGAUAGUACUUUCCGAUUUGGUUAUCAAUCGUAUUAAGUAGCAUCGUAUAUAAUCGAAUUACAUUGAUUUCAAAAUGGCGCGCUGCUACUCUAGGUGAUAUUGGUUGGUUUAAUGAAAAAA